UUAAAACCAAGCCGAAGCUCCCUUCUCUCUCUCUCUCUCUCUCUCUCUCUCUGUCUAAAGUGUAGAACAGAGCCAAGUCCUAACACAGUGUUUUGCUUCCCACUUCAAAAACCCAAAUCCCCACAGAUCGAUUAAGCAUAGGAAACCCAAAAUGCCGUUAAGAAUCAGAAACGCAACGCCCUAACAUUCCUAUACUUCGCGACCUUAUUUACCCUUACCACUUCUCUUCCUCCUCGAUCCACUUCUUCUUCUUCCUCAUCACCGGCGUUGUCGGAAUGGAAAUCGGCAAGAACAGCAUACAACGCAGCUCUAAAUCCUCGGAACACGGUGGGGGGUUGCAUGUGGGCUCGGAGAUCUGGUGAAGAAAGGGUAUGGCCAGGCAACGGCGGGUCUGAGCAUCGUUCUCAUCGAGAAUGGUCAGAUCUGCGGUGCUUGCAGCAUCGUUUCCGCCACCACUUCUGUGCCCCUUACGGCCGAUCUCGGUGGCCGCUGCAACACUCGAAUCGCCAAUUUUUCCUCCCGUUGAAGUAUUUGAGAAGAUCGCCAUGGUAAGAAAUUCAACAUGCCCGUUCCGUAUCACAGUUCGUCUCUCGUUCUAUGGUAUACAAAUAAAUCUAUGAGGAUGAUGAGAAGAGGUAGCAAAUCAAAGUAAAUGUCUUCUCUGAGAAAGCUCCUUCUCCCUCGGAAGGCUCUCUCGAGUUCCUCUCAGAAUCUCAAAAACCUAGAAGCAGAGGAAGGAAUCGAAGCAGUUCCGGAAUGCUCCUGAUGUUCUGACAACAUCCAGCUAUUGCUCACAGGCAUGGUUGUAAAUGGAUAGUCGAAAUCCGAUUUGAAUUCACAUAUCUGUAUCCGAUUAACGGUAUCCGGACUAAAAUUCAAAAUUAUCAGUAAAAUAAUUAUUCGAUUAAAUAAUUAAUUAAUGAUUUCAAGUGUUCUUGAACUUUAAACAGGUUCUAGAGAAUUAGAGAAUGAGGAAAAGGAUUAAAACAAACUGAAAAUAUGGAUUAAGAGUAAACCAUAUUUAUUGGGGGAGAAAGGUUCAGAUUAUACAAGUCAGUAUAUGAAGAGUUGAAAAUUCGAAUUUGAUCCGAAUCCAUAUUAGUGCAGGGGUAACUGUUUCUGGCCAGAAAUAUUCAGAUCCAAACAUAUUCGAGCCGAAUUCAAACCGUAUCCGUUUACAUCUCUAGUCACAGGGCAGAGUUGUCGACCUUCUCAAAUUCUAAUUUAAAGUCAGCCCAUACCCGACCAGCCCAGCUUUAAAUCUUAAAACACGGCCGUCUUCUCCAAGAAUCCCAUAAAACUGAAAUCUCCUCUUCUUGGUUUCAGUCUUCGUAGCUCUAAGAAUCUGCAAAACCUGGAAUCCAGUAGCUCCGAAUCCUACAAAACUUGAAUCGAAAUUCCUUCUCUCUGUCUUGGUAGUGGAGCAAACCAGAAACCUCAAUUUCUGAAGAUAGCUUCAAGAUUCCUGAAAUUCAAGAACUGAGUGUGGUUUAAAUCUGCGUAGCUCUAAGAAUCCUUUCCCAAUAUCAUAAUGGGAAGAUUGUUUGUGGUCGAGAUCCCCAAUGUCGAAGAGAAAAACAUAUAUACUUGUGCGAACUGCGAGCGGGAGAACAAUCACAAUUUCCCUUUUACACACAUCGCUUCAGUGGAUGAUCAGCUUGACUUUGGUCCAGGCGCUCCGUUUUGGACCGAUAUGGAGAAUCAUAUACUUUGCAAAGUGAUAAACAUAAUAAUGAUGGGUGAACCGGAAAUGGAAGAUCUAUAUCAUGGCACUUUCAUAAUCAGGGAGGUCAAUUGCGUACAGUGCUUUAAACUACUUGGACUAUACUAUAUAACAUCCGAUAACCCACGUUUCUGCUAUAUAGAAGGGAAUUUUUUGUUGCAAAGAGAAGCUCUAAAUCGCUGGGACCAUGGGAUCAGAGUAGCACAUUGAGGCCUCUAAUAUCUACACAUGAGACAUAGUUCUUUGGAUUUUUGGACAUUUUCACUGGGUCCAGUACAUGAUAAGUCCUCUAAUAACUACAUUUUGAGAGGCAUAUUUUUUUUAUUUUUUGGCAUUCUCACUAGUUCCUUCAUGUACAUGAUAGGAUAUAUCUUUGUAGCCAGAAAUGUUCGACCCUGUUAACUUUCUUGAUAGCGUACAUCUUUGUAGAGUUGUUCCUUGUAGUGUCUCCCCGCAUUCAAGCUUCAAAAACUCGGGAUUGGUCAAGGCUGAAAUGGCUUCGAUACUAAGUUUUUUUGGAA